AUGAAGUUCAUGAAAAUUGGGUCAAAGCCAGAUUCGUUUAAAACUGAUGGGAACAAUGUCAGGUAUGUAGAAAAUGAACUAGCUAGUGACAUUACUAUCAAUGUUGAAGGAUCAAGAUUUUGUUUGCAUAAGUUUCCUCUACUCUCUAAAUGUGCCUGCCUACAAAAGUUGCUCUCAAGCGCGGACAAGAACAACGUCGAUGAGGUUGAUAUCUCCAGUAUACCAGGCGGAGCAACAGCAUUCGAGACAUGUGCAAAGUUCUGUUACGGUAUGACAGUAACUCUAAGUGCAUACAACGUUGUAGCCACAAGAUGUGCAGCUGAGUAUCUUGGAAUGAACGAGACGCUGGAGAAAGGAAAUCUCAUUUACAAGAUUGACGUGUUCUUGAACUCGAGUCUCUUUCGUAGCUGGAAAGACUCAAUCAUUGUUCUUCAGACUACUAAACCCUACUUACCGCUCUCCGAGGAUCUCAAACUGAUUAGCCUUUGCAUUGAUGCUAUAGCUAGUAAGGCUUGUGUAGAUGUUUCACACGUUGAGUGGUCUUAUACUUACAACAGAAAGAAACUACCUGAAGAAAACAUUGGUCCGGAUCAAGUCAAGACUCGAGGAGAAGUGCCAAAUGAUUGGUGGGUGGAGGAUUUGUGUGAGCUUGAGAUUGAUUUCUACAAAAGGGUUAUCAUAAACAUCAAAACUAAAGGUAUACUUGGAGGAGAAGUUAUCGGAGAAGCUUUGAAAGCUUAUGGUUAUAGAAGAUUAUCAAGUUUCAACAAAGUUGUGAUGGAGCAAGGAGAUUUGGUGAAGCAUAAGACAGUCAUUGAGACACUUGUUUGGUUGUUACCUGCUGAGAAAAACAGCGUUUCUUGCGGUUUCUUGCUUAAGCUCUUGAAAGCAGUCACUAUGCUAAACUCUGGAGAGAUGGUGAAAGAACAGCUCGUGAGAAGAAUAGGACAGCAGCUAGAGGAAGCUUCUGUAGCCGAGCUCUUGAUAAAACCGAAUCAAGAAAGUGAAACCUUGUACGAUGUGGACUUGGUGAAGAAGAUAGUUGUUGAGUUCAUGGCAAGAGAUCAAAACAGUGAGAUAGAGAUUCAAGAUGAUGAUGAUGAUGAUGAUGAAGUUGAGGAGAUAAAGAAGUUUCCAGGGAUUUUAUCUGAAGCUUCAAAGCUAAUGGUGGCAAAAGUUAUAGAUAGUUAUCUUGCUGAAAUUGCCAAAGAUCCAAAUCUUUCUGCUUAUACAUUCAUCGAUCUUGCUGAGAUUGUUUCUAGUAUCUCAAGGCCUGCUCAUGAUGGACUCUACCGUGCUAUCGAUACGUAUCUUAAGGAACAUGGAGGAAUCACAAAGGGAGAGAAGAAGAGGAUGUGCAAGCUGAUGGAUUGUAGGAAACUAUCGGUAGAAGCGUGCAUGCACGCAGUGCAAAACGACAGGCUUCCGCUUCGUGUGGUGGUUCAAGUACUCUUCUUUGAGCAAGUGAGAGCAGCUGCUUCGUCUGGAAGCAGCACGCCUGAUUUGCCUAAAGGGAUGAUGAGGGAGCUACGCAACUGUGAAACUUACGGGAGCGCAAGAUCGGUGCCAACGGUUAUGGAAGACGAAUGGGAUGCGGUUGCGACGGAGGAAGAGAUGAGAGCAUUGAAGAGAGAGAUAGCGGCGUUGAAGCUUCAGGAAGAGAGUGGGAGGAAGAGCAUGGAUAGAGCGGCGGUGACUACGAUGAGCAGAGUGAAAAGCUUGAUAAAGUCUAAGAAGAUAUUUGGAAAGAAGUUGCAGUCGCAGAGCAAAGGAGGAGGAGGAGGAGGAGAGAAGAACAAUGGUGGGUCGGAUUCGUCGGGGAGUCUUGGAUCUGUGACUGAAGAAGGGGCUAAAACAGCGACGCCUUCAAGAAACUUGACUAGGAGGGUUUCUGUUUCUUGA